GACGUCACACGACGUUCCGUAACUCCGGGUUGCACGCGGCGGGAGCGUCCGCCAGUCCGACUUGGGGCUGGUGUACAUGCGUCUGUGCGAGUGUUUUGUAGUGGUUGUGUACAAGCGUGUCGUGUGGAAACACGGAGUAGUGUACGGUGCCCCCCCCAGCGGAGGCUGCUGACUGCAUGGAGCUGCGCGCCGAGCCGGUAGUGGCGAGCCUGGAGAUGUCGGAGUUGCAGGGCGGAGGAGAAGGUGAAGGCGACGGUGCGGGCUCCGAGGACGACAGCUACGAGACUUUGCCUGUGCACGUGUCCUUCAGCACGCACAUGACGGCCGGCGCGGUGGCUGGAGUGCUGGAGCACACGGUCAUGUACCCGGUGGACUCCGUUAAGACACGCAUGCAGAGUUUGCAGCCGGACCCGAAGGCUCAGUACCGGAGUGUAUACGGAGCUCUGAAACAGAUCGUGAUGACCGAGGGCCUCAUGCGGCCUCUCCGAGGCCUCAACAUAACGGUGCUGGGGGCGGGGCCGGCCCACGCGCUUUACUUCGCAUGCUACGAGCGAAUCAAGCGCAGCCUCAGCGACAUCAUUCAGAACGGCGGAAACAGCCACAUCGCCAACGGAGUGGCAGGAAGUGUCGCUACUGUGCUCCACGAUGCGGUCAUGAACCCUGCUGAAGUGGUGAAGCAGCGCAUGCAAAUGUAUAACUCGCCGUACCGAGGCCUCGUCGACUGCGUGCUGAAAAUAAGCCGCAACGAGGGCAUGGCCGCCUUCUACCGGAGCUACAGCACGCAGCUGACCAUGAACAUCCCGUUCCAGGCUUUGCACUUCAUCACGUACGAGCUGAUGCAAGAACGGCUCAACCCACAGCGGCAGUACCGCCCGGGAACACACGUAAUAUCGGGCGCCGCAGCAGGCGCCGUGUCUGCCGCCCUCACCACACCGCUCGACGUCUGCAAGACGCUCCUUAACACGCAAGAGGACGUGGCGUUAAAUUCGGCCCGCGUGAGCGGACAACUUUCAGGCAUGGCCAAUACUAUUAGGACGGUCUACAGGCUGGGAGGCUUCCCCGCCUUCUUUAAGGGAGUUCAAGCACGAGUCAUAUACCAGAUGCCUUCAACGGCCAUCGCCUGGUCCGUCUACGAGUCCUUCAAGUACUUUCUGUCCCGGGACGAUGAGAGCAGCUUGGGAGGGGAAAGGACGAGACGGACAUGAAUAGUUCGGGACAAGCUUCCCGACUAAAUCAGCACUAAUCACAGAGGAGCCGUCAGUCGUCCGUCACAGCGUUUAUUUUUUUUUUUGUUUUUUGUGUCUUCAUCACACUUUGAUAGUGUAAAAUCUUGAACAACAAAAAGGCGGGCGCCUAUGGUUCCGUUCAAACUACAAUUUUUUUUAUUUAUUGGAAGAUAUUAUCGCUGUUACAAAAAUCGAUGUAGGGAAAGAAACAGCCACCGCUAAACACGCACAAAAAUCUAGAUUAUACAGUAGGAGUGAAAUUGUCUCCUUUCAUUGAACACCAGCAUUUGAAAUCUGAUUAGAAUGAAAUCGUUUUCUUUGUAAUGGUGUUGAGUGGUAGGAUUCACAGAGGGCCCAUGGACCCAGACACACAUUUGUACACUUCCAUUCCAGAUGUUUUUCCUGGGUGAUAACAGACAGACAGGUUUCCCCUUGUCUGUGUGUUUAUAUGUAGGACAUUUGUACUUUCUUCCUUUUGGGAUGUUGGAAGUCCUGUAGGUUUAAUUUUUUGUUGGUUUGUUUUGACCAGCUAUGAUUUUACACAAGUGCUCUUCAUUGGCAUUUGCCAUCUUUACAUCGUACAUUUGCUUUAACUGCAGGCUGCAUUCCACUAUAAGUGCAUGAAUAUCCAGACAUUUGGAGGUCUUGCAGUUUAAACCUUGUGAACUAAUAAGCGCUACAGCAAGAGGCUUUAAUGUUAAAGAUAUGCAGCUGGGUAUUAAAAAGGUAUUUUGGCAAAACACUUUGAUAAUAUUUAACCGGUAAAAUUUUACCUUAUAAUUCAAGUAAAUUAAAACCAAAUUCACAUGUUUAAUCAUAGGUCCCACAAGCAUUUCUGCUCUCUAAAACCCAUAUUUGGCCAACAUUUUAUCGUUUCGUACAUCUUCUGUAAUACAGUUAUACCUGAAUGAAGAUUAUUGACAUAUAGAUGAAAGUAAAAGCAACUACUGUAGGUCCAGGACACAUUCUAUGCACGUUUAAAAGAAAAACAAAAAAACUUAAGUGUAUCGCUCUUUUCAAGCCACAUUCAAAAACCAAAUUCCCUCUCCAUAGACGAUGCACAUAUGAUGUUUUUGUUUUUGAAUGCUGUUUUCUGUAAUGAAAAUUGCUCUUUUUUUCCUCACAAUUUUUUUAAACAUAAAAGAUUGCCUUUUUUAAAAAAAAAAAAAAAAACUAUCCCAUAGUAAAGACUAGAAAUCCAAUUUUCUUGAAAAUGUUUGAAUUUUUCUUUUUAAAAAGAUGAAAAAAAAAAUCCCCAGUGGACCUUUAAAUACAAAAUACUUUUUUUUCCAGCUGCCAUUGUUCAUUCCGUUUUAUCGUCCUUUUCUAAAACGUGUAACAGCACACGGUAAGAUAUGUCCGAGUCGUUCGAGAGCAAACAAACAAGCCAAGGAGAAACACCGCCUCUUUUUGCAAUGCUUAUUGUUUUAAAGCCAAACACUGUGAUCUCAUUUGCUAAAAUGUUUCCAUUCCAUAUCAGCACAACAUGACAAACAAGAUUCGAAUGGAACAGGGUGGGAUGGAAGAAAUCCCGUGUCAAUCACAGUGAGUUUAGCCAAACGUUUGCAUCUGUACACUCGUGUACGUGAAAGAGUGCAGAUAGAACUUCCCUCUGUGUGUUACACGAAAUAAACACACUCUUUAAAUCCGG